AUGAAAAAGCAACUCCAUGAAAGUAUAGAAGAAAAUAAAGAAGAUGAAUUUAUGUAUUUAAUAGAUGGUUUUACAAUGACACCAAAAUAUCUUCUUAAAGGCUGUCAAAAAUCACAUCAAUUAUAUCUUCAUCAUACAUGUUUGGAAAGCAUUCCUCAAAUAUCAGAAGAUACAGACAUUAAUAUUUUGGAGAAGUUUAAUGAACGAUUAGAUGGAUGUUCGGAUGAAAUACUUUCUCCAUUCAAAACUCGAGGCAUUUUAUUAUUAAAAAUGAAUGCAAUUUGUAGAGGAAAUACUCCAGUACAACUCCAAACCAUUAAACUUCUUCAAGAAUUAUACCAAAAAGAUAUUCUUCCAAUCAUUCCAUUAAAAACAAAAAGGAGUAUUUGUAACAAUACAUAUCAUAUUGCUGCUGUAGGAAAAGUACUUCUUGGAGAAGGGGAAGUUCUUUAUAAUAAUGAAAGAAAAAUGACAUUUGAAGUAUUUGAGAAAUUACAAAUUAAACCAAUUAAAAUGAAGACUCCUGAAUAUAAAGCAUUUUUAGAAGGAAAUGAAAUGAAUGUUUUAACAAUGAUUAAUGGAAAUGCUCGAAUAUGGAAUUGUUUUAAUGCAUUAGUUCUUGGAGUGUUUUUGGGAUUAAUUGCAAAUAACAAAAUAACACAACCAGUAGACUCUUCAUUUUUUAAACAAUUCACUAUGAAAGGACCUUCAAGACUAUUUAAUUUAACUAAAAAACUCUUUAGAGAAACAAAAGAAAAUGAAUAUAAAGGAAUUCAUCAAAUCCAAACAGAUGCAACAGUAGUUGAUUUCAUUUGUUCAUUUGGUAGAAUACUUGAAAUUUUAAUUCUUAAUAAAGAAAUGAUUGAAAUAGAAUUAAAUAGUGUUAGAGAUCAAUGUUUUGUUGUUCAAAGAAAAGAAGAUAUUGGUACAUCAACACCAUUAUGGGGAUGUGGAAGUUAUAGUGGUAUUAUUGCAUACCAAAUUACAGGAGUUAUUAAAGAAUGUAUUUUACUAGCAAAACGUUAUUCCAAUUUAGUUGACAUUACAAUUUGUUUACCUGAAGAAAAUGAAGAAGAAAAAGAAGUUAUAGAAAGUCCUUAUGAAAAUUCCUUAGUUCAAUUAAAAACAAGAAUUGAUCAACUAUGUAAAGUUAUUGAAAAUUAUUAUCUUGGUGUUAUACAAUUAGAUAAAACAAUAAUAGAAAAAACACCAAUAAAUGACCUUUUUAUUGAAAUUAAAUCUAUAGAACCUUCAAUAUUAGUUGAUUUUAUUAAAUAUGGUGAUAUUGAUAAACUUAUUAAUGAACAUCAUUUUAAUUUUUAA